AUGAUUCAAAACUUCCAUCUUGGAAUAAUCAAGGUUCAUAAUCAUCAUCAUCAUCAUCAUCAUCAUCAUCAUCAUCAUCAUCAUCAUCAUCAUCAUCAUCAUCAUCAUCAUCAUCAUCAUCAUCAUCAUCAUCAUCAUCAUCAUCAUCAUCAUCAUCAUCAUCAUCAUCAUCAUCAUCAUCAUCAUCAUCAUCAUCAUCAUCAUCAUCAUCAUCAUCAUCAUCAUCAUCAUCAUCAUCAUCAUCAUCAUCAUCAUCAUCAUCAUCAUCAUCAUCAUCAUCAUCAUCAUCAUCAUCAUCAUCAUCAUCAUCAUCAUCAUCAUCAUCAUCAUCAUCAUCAUCAUCAUCAUCAUCAUCAUCAUCAUCAUCAUCAUCAUCAUCAUCAUCAUCAUCAUCAUCAUCAUCAUCAUCAUCAUCAUCAUCAUCAUCAUCAUCAUCAUCAUCAUCAUCAUCAUCAUCAUCAUCAUCAUCAUCAUCAUCAUCAUCAUCAUCAUCAUCAUCAUCAUCAUCAUCAUCAUCAUCAUCAUCAUCAUCAUCAUCAUCAUCAUCAUCAUCAUCAUCAUCAUCAUCAUCAUCAUCAUCAUCAUCAUCAUCAUCAUCAUCAUCAUCAUCAUCAUCAUCAUCAUCAUCAUCAUCAUCAUCAUCAUCAUCAUCAUCAUCAUCAUCAUCAUCAUCAUCAUCAUCAUCAUCAUCAUCAUCAUCAUCAUCAUCAUCAUUAA